AUGGAGAAAGAAGAAUUAAAUAAUGAUAAAGGAACACUUGAAUAUACUAGAUUAUAUGAUCCUAUGGAUGGUAUUGGAGAAUUGAGAAGUUCAGGUAUAGCACAUGUAAACAGCAUUUCUGUUACUGAAAAAAAUCGUAUCUUGGAAUUAUUUAAAAAAAAAACUCAAGAAUCAAGCGAUGAUAAAAAUGAUUUAAGAACAAUUUUAAGAAUAGAAAGAUCAGUAAUAGGUUAUAAUACUUCUAUUGAUGAUAUUGAAAUGCUAGAUAGCCAAGAAAAUUUUGAUUCUACCAAUGUAUCUUCAUUAAAUCCACAUGAAGUAAUCUGGUCUAGAUUAUGCAAUACAAGAUUAGUUGAUGAUGCCAUGUUACAUUUAUAUCUCAAAGGUAGAUUUAUCAUGAAAGGCCAAGAGAACUAUCAAAAUAAAUUUGGCAUUUUAAAUUGUAACAAUGAAGAUCAAUUCAGACCUUCUUGUGAAAAUGAUGAUGAGUUAAUUCUAAAAUGGCAAAAAAUUAUAGCAUCAAGAAAAAAAACAGAACAAGUAGAUAAUUCUGAAGAAAACU